AUGAUGAGUCGCCCUCAGAAGUACGGCAACACGUCUGCCAUUUUCGUCCAUGCUGGAGCUGGCUUCCAUAGCCUGCAUAAUGAGAAAGCCCAUCUUGAAACAUGUGAGAAUGCAUCUAAUGUAGCAAUGACCAUCUUAAGGAAUGGUGGCUCUGCUGUGGACGCUGUGGAGAUCGCGAUCAUGAUGCUUGAAGAUGCGGAGAUCACGAAUUCUGGAUAUGGGAGCAAUCUGACCAUCGAUGGCGCCGUCGAGUGUGAUGCUACCAUUGUAAAUCACCACGGAAGCAGCGGCGCUGCUGGCGCAGUUCCUAGUGAGCUCUCUCCCUACUCGUUCUCCCUCCUCGUCUUCCCUUCCGCGGAUCUUGCAAGGCUAAUUAAUACUACGAAAGAUGUCAAAAAUCCCAUCUCGCUUGCUCGGGUUAUCUUGGACGCUUCAUCAAAACCGUUGUCAUUGCAGCGAGUACCUCCUAACUUCCUUGUUGGCCAAGGCGCCACUGAUUUUGCUUUUGAAAACCGGCUGGUUGUCCUUCCCGAUGACGGCCUGAUAUCUCCAGCGGCACGAGAGAGAUGGCUUCGCUGGCAACAGGAUUUAUCUUCAACCGAAGGAGUGGACAGGCAACACCAUGGUCACCACCACCAGAACGAUCGCUUCAAGUCAUGGAUUCGUCGGCCAGUUCACUUUCACCCAGCCCAGCUGCUUUCGUCUCAUAAUAGUACACACCCACAUUCGUCAAGUCCUGACAUCAACAAUGAGCCUAGCCUUCCAAACUUCACAAACUCCAGAUUCAGAGGCUUUGGUGUCACUCCGCCAGCAGAUUCAAAUACGCCCUCUUCUGACUCGUCUCGGACCAGGGAUGGCGAGUAUAUAGAUGGCAUGUGCUCACGAUCCGAGCAAGCUUAUGUACCAGCAGAGGCAUUCUCCGAACCUGGGACGGAGUCAACUAUGGAAGUAGACCCGACGUCGCAAACCCCUGACACAAAUGUGGACCCUAAUAAACGCACCUCGAUCACGCUCGAUCCUGCCAUGGACCGGAUUAAUGACACUGUCGGCGCGGUAGCAAUUGACAGCCAUGGCAAUAUUGCAGCAGGCUCAUCAUCUGGUGGCAUAGCGAUGAAGCAUCGGGGUCGAAUCGGACCUGCAGCGCUGGUAGGCAUAGGCACCGCUGUUAUCCCAGUGGAUCCCAGCGAUCCCGAUAAAACCACUGUUGCCGUUGUUACAUCGGGAACCGGAGAGCAUAUUGCCACCACUAUGGCCGCUAGUACCUGUGCAUCGCGCGUCUACUACAGUCAACGAAAAUGCGAUGAUGGCGACUUUGAAGAAGUAACUGAGGAGGAAGCUGUGAGGGGGAUGAUAAUAUCCGACUUUAUGGACCACCCCGGCGUAAAAGGCAGUCAUUGCCAGGGUGCCAUUGGGGUGAUGGCGGUAAAAAAGACGACUGACGGCGCGUUCCUCUACUUUGGUCAUAACACCGACUCUUUCGCCCUUGCAUCCAUGUGUAGCGAUGACAAGAAGCCAACCUCCGUUAUGUCUCGUAGUAAUGGCAAUGGCAGCAUCGCCCAAGGUGGUCGUGCGUAUCGCUGGAAAAGAUACAAAGUGGCUGAAUCAUCGAAGUAA